AGAUGCGAGGGCAGCGCAUUGUGCGUGUCUAAUCCUGCCGGGUCGACUCGCUCUCUAGUCUUGUCAAUGGAACACGGGACGAUAUACAGCAACGCUCGUAACUCGACAUAAUAUCGGUGCAUGGAUGCAGGCAGACGUAAGGUGUGAGGACAGGAACUCGUGGAAAUUAGUGGAGCGGACACAAACAUUAUGGCCACCGCCAGCAGAUCCGGCUCGGGGAGGGCUGGUUGGGUGGCAUUCGCAGAAGAAGCCUUCAGGACGAGCACAGAUCAUCACGCAGAUGUGAAUAGCAGCUUGCAGAGGCCUAGCCCCGCCCAUAGUGAGAGCUCCUCCAGUGUGGAGCCUUUAGCCCCUCCCCCUCAGCAGAGCGCCUGGGUCCUUUUUGAGGAGAAGCCCUGGCCCUCACCCAAUCAUCAGUCGCAGGUAAAAGGGACGACCAGACACAGUAUGUGUUCCACAGCCAGUUUCUGGAGUGCCGUCCCACCCUCGGAGAGCAGCUGGACCCAAUCAGAACCAGGCUCCACCUGGACCACCCAAUCAGAGCAGAGCUCUGUGAGCAUCGGGGCGUCGUCCAGUGAUCUGCCUUCCCUAAACGCGGAGGAUAAGCCCAACGAGACAUCAUCACGGCCUCAGUCACCCAAUUCAUCAGUGUUCCCAGAGGAUGAAGGCAUAGAGAUGGAUUCAGUCAGCUGGACAUCAAACACCAAACUCCCAAUCAGCCAGUUAGAGACCCCCUCCUCCACUGGGCGCUUUUCUUCAUGGGUGACAUUUGACGACGACGAGAACAUGCCACUAGUCCACUGCCGAGAGCGGCCCUCCCACUCCCACCACGGCCUCAGCCACUUCCAGGACGCCAACAGUCAUCUAAUUAAUUCCCUUCCUGAUGUUUGUGACCAGAACAUGAUCCAGAAUCGUCACCUCCUGGACCUGACGCCAGGCGGGAACCUGCCUCAAACACUGCUCACCGUCGGCACAACAACCUACACCAAGAAGAAUCCUUUCCUGUGUGAAGACCUCAGUGACAUCCAGCCUUCUCCUAUCAACCCCUUCAGUUCUUACUUUGACAGCAAACAGGAAGUCCCAUCACAGCCAAUUCAGCACAGUGGUCCUGCCCACCACAGAGACAGCACUCCCUGUGCUUUCACAUUUAGCUCUCCUUUCUUCCACUGUCCCAGCUCCCACAGUCAAGAGCUCAAACGAGAAUCGAAUGCAGUGUUCACCUCUGAUUUCGAGCCCAGCGGAGUAGGAGAGACGGCUACUACUCCCCAAGAACGACUAGAUCUAAAUCAGAUGAGAAACCUCCACAUUGUUGACCCAGAUGACCCAGGAAGCCCCACUCUGCCAGAUGACUCUGUUGAAGAGGCGCAAGAGGCAAUGGAAGAUGGGGUAGAGGGAAAGGAGGAAAGCAGCCCCUAUCUCCCGAACCACAUGGCUCCUCAGGAGGGCUGGGCCAUGCUGCUCCGUAUACCAGAGAAAAAGAACAUAAUGUCCUCACGCCACUGGGGGCCUAUCUAUGUCCGCCUCUCAGACGACGGCGUGCUACAGAUGUUCUAUGAGAAAGGCCUGGAGAAACCCUUUAGAACCCUGAAACUGGACCCUCGCCACGAGGCAUCCGAGCACCGCCUGCAGAACUACGAUGAAGCUGGCCGCGUACACACCAUUAGCGUAGACCUUGUCCAAUACCGCGAGAGAAGGCGGAUCCAGCCAAAGUCACCCAUCACCCACCAGCCGAUCCGCGAGCAACUGGUGAAGCUGGGCACCACCUGUUACUACGACUACCAGAGUUUUCGGCACUCGCUGGAGGAGACGCUGAGGCGUUUGCCAGCUAGUACGAGCGGGGCCUCACCGGGGACGGCAGGUUCGCCCGUAGGUACAGGGCUGACGGAGGAGGAGGUGCAGGUGGAGAUUAGGGACGAGUUCUAUGGGACUGUCGCUGCUGGAGACGGGAGGAUUCUGAAGCAACUUGUGGUGACGCGGGUGCAUGUGCUGGCAUUCCUUUCUGGGUCGGCGGGCUGCCGUCUCGGACUUAACGAUGUCCAGGUCAAAGGUAAGGAGGUGGUUUCCAGGCAUGACAUUAUCCCCAACACGACCACACGCUGGAUCCGCCUGCGCGACUGCGAGCUUCAUGACGAACACGCCGACGAACUAGAGUUCCUGUCGUCGCGCCAGGUCGUCUUCACACCCCCGCCCUGUCGUCGCUUCCAGCUGCUUGCCUUCCGCACAGCUUUCGCAGAGAAGACCCUCCCCUUCACGCUGCGCACCGUCGCCUCAAUACGCGGCGCCGAAGUCACGCUGCAGUCCUGGCUACUGAUGUCACAGGGUUUCUCUUCCAAUCGGGACGCCUUAAAUGUCAUCCCAUGUGAGAAUGUAAUGAUCCGCUAUCCUAUACCAGAAAUCUGGGCCAAGAACUUCCGUCGGGAGGGAGUGAUGGGUGAGAGGUCACUUAAGGCCCGGUUUAACAAAGGUGCCAGCUUUGGCACGGCAAGUACUUCCGGGUCAGAGCCAGUGAUGAGGGUCACCCUUGGCACGGCCAAGUAUGAACAGGCUUUUAUAGCUGUGGUUUGGAGGCUCAGCCGCCUGCCUGACAAAAACUCUGCAUUGGGCCACCCUCACACCUUCUUCUGUCGUCUGGAGCUGGGUUCGGACCGGGAGGUGCCAGACUCUCUGCAGAACUACCUGGAGGUAGAGUUCGACAUGCCUGCCGCCUCUGCCUCUAAAGCUACCGUCCGCUCCCUCUCUGUGGAGGACCGGGCCCAAGUUAAGAAGUGGAUCACUUAUAAAUCACACUACUCUUACCAGGUGCCAAUAGAACUGAAGGCAGAUGGUGUUUCAGAGAGCAGCAGCCCUACACUGGAACCAGAGAUGCCUGGAGAUUGUUCACAGCAGUGAACACAUAAACAGAAAGACUGGAUGGAGGGAAGGGAGAAAAUUACUGCUUUUUUUUUACAAGGGAGGGGAGAAAUGUCACUUUUUGCACUUUGAAGAACUGGACAGGAAGAUGGUGGGCCAAGGACUCGUUUGGUCACAUACUGGCCAUAACGGUUUGAUACCUGGAUAUAAACUAGACAGACAGGUUUCAGACUUGUGCUGGGCAUGAAAUCAUAUUUUACUAUCAAUAACCAUUUUGAGUAUUGCUUUACCUUAAAUAACAGUAUUUCAAUGUUUGGCUUGUUAUCAUUCGUUCUUACCGCCAGUAAGCGGAUCCAAACUGUUAGAACUGCUAAAUGCUUGCAAGGGGCUUUGGGUUCAUGCGUAUAAUUUUGAGCCAUUAACAGGGCCUGAGAGGUAACGCUGGUGCAGAAUGAGCUCACUGUCAUGUACUUAUGUGCCACAAAUUAUGAUUGUCAGAAACUGACCCCUGAAAGUAAAAACUGCCAUUGAAUCAAUUGAAAACACUUGGUCAUGAAGGAGAAUAUAUAAAAAUAUUUUGAUAUAGAGGAACAUAAGUUAUUCAAAGAAUAAAAAGACAAACAUGUGGUACAAUGUGGAAAUGAAUACAAAUGAUCGAAGUAAAUGUAGAAAUGAAUGAAAAUGCUGACAGUUAUUUAAGGUAUUUAAGGGAAGUAUCAUUGAAAAGUAUAGAACAGUCAGAAGAGAGAAUAGAUUUGGCCAGCAUGGUGUUACUGAGGGACAACAAUUCAUUUUGUAUUGCUAAUGGAUUAACCUAACCUGGCGGCCUUUUCAUUUUGGUAUACAACACAACAAUGUAACAGAACGUUCAGUUACAAAUGUAUUGUGUAAAACUGAUAUGAUUGUCUGUGAGAGUCGAGAGACAUUUUGAGUACUUUGGGGAUUUGUUUUAAGAUGUUGCAAAGCCAGACAUUUAAACCAGGGACUUGAGAUGGCUGAAGAACUUGCACAGGAUUAGAGUAAUUGAAGUUAUUGAGGCUGUAGAGUGGAUUUCCUACACUCUAAGGUUUGUCAAAUCGCUAGAUAACAUGCUCUUACAAUAUGUGACAAUGUAACUGCAUGUUGCCAAAUGUUACACAGUAGUAUGCCACACUACUGCCAGCUGUCAAAACUAGAGAAUUCGGUGCAGUUAGAAUGAUGGCCAUUUAACCAAAGUAAAUGGCCAUCAAAGCUGGCGCUAACUAGAAAUAUUUUACAGUAUUAAUGGCCAACUGUUGUCACUGAUCUGUGACUGUUCUGUUCUAUAGCCAUUUACAGAAUUUCAAAGCUAGUGUUUGAUUAACAAAAUGUAUGUUUAGUUGAGUACCACAAUUGGGUAGAUUCCUGGAAGUGCUCCUGCAUAUGUAAUGAGUCUAUCUUACAUGAGACAAGACAACUAUGACAUCACUAGAAAAAAGUAUUGUACUGAAGUAUGUAGCGAACAGUAUAGCCACAAGUGUACUUUAAUACCAACUGGUUCUAUGCAUUUUCUGCAGGUUUUAUUUUCAGUGUGACAAGAGUUUUGCACUGUUUAGUAUUCUUCUGAAUACACUUAUGUUCAGUCAGUCAGGAGUGGGGUAAGAAUAUGUGCCCUCUGGUUUUCUCUUGCAAAGUCUCAAGUUAUUUCAAAAGGCCUUACCGGUAUGUAUCUUGGUCCUGUCAGAUCAAAUGGUUGUCUACACAUGAGUUAACUGUCAUAACAUUUAUUGUCCAUCAUGCAAAGUAAUACACCUAACAACAACAACAAACUUUAGUUUGGCUGUACUUUGCAAUCUAAUGAAUACUACUAAGCAUUCUUUAAGGACAGUGAUGUUGCUUGGUGAUAGUUUGCAUUUUUAUUUUUCUAUAUUUGUACAAUGUGCGUACUACUAAUAUUAACUCAAUGUGAACAAGAUACUGUAUGAACAGAAAAUAUAUGCUGCAAUGGACACUGUCUAAAGGUUUACAGAUGUAAAUUCUAGCUCAUUACAGUAGAAUAUUGUUGUCUUUUAGUUGGCACAAUGGGUGCAAAAAAGACUCCUUAGAAAACUUGAAGAAUAUGUAGUCUGUUAGCAGAGGGAAUUUUACACUUGAAAGCACAAUAAAAAUAAUGCAAAUCUACUGUUAAUAGGAAUUUCUGUGUUAGAUGAAUUUAUUCUAGAGGCUAAAUAAGUUUUGGAACAAUCUUUCAAAAAAUUUACACAGCAAAUUGAGUGGAAUUAUAGAAAAUAGUUCAGUUUAUAAUAGUUUUUCAUAGAGAAAAAAACGAAAUGCAUUUUUACAGCAGGUUAUGUACAGAUCUGGUUGGAAAACUAGUCUGAACAAUUAUAAACAACAGAAUAUUUGAAUUAUUUUAAAAACACUGAGAUAUCUAUGUUGAAAAGCUAUUAUUAUUUUACAUUUUUUUACAAGCCCAGUACAUUUCAAUGGUUAAAAAAGUGAACUUCUUAGGGGUAAACAUUAUGCUUGUACAGUCAUGAUGAUAACAAAUCAUGUAAUCUGACAAUGUAACAUUUUCUUCUUCAUGACAUUUUGAUUAAAUGGUUGGGUUGUGCUAAAAAAUAUGCAUUUUGGGAGAUGGGAUCAUCCUGUUCAGUAACAUGGCUUUGUGUUAUGUACAUUUCAACUGUUUAAAUCUUUAGCGGCAAUAAUAAAUUGAUAAGAUCUGUUCUUUUGACAGAUCCAAGUGGAGUACUUAAGACGGGUUAAGAGGUAUAUUUGAUAAAAAUGUUGGUACUUCAAACAAAAUUAAAUAUAUUUUUCUCGACUA